CUCAGCUGCCUCGCAAUGACGACAAAUUCAGUAAAUUGUGCUGCGUAAUAGAGCUUCUUAUUCUAUUGUCUUCUAGUUGUUUUUCGUUUUUUUUUUUUUUCUUUGGGUCACUCGUUAGAGUUGAUAAAAAAUAAGAAACAAUCCUUCCACUGGAAAAAAGCGAUAUGUACCUUCGAACGUUGAGGGUAAACGGUUGGAGAAAAGAACGACGUGAUACACAGGAGUAGCAUAGUUGUCUCGACUACUGAAUCAAAGACACCGUAUUGUUUGCGAGCACAGACGACACAGCAACCCUUAACGCAAGACAGCGGUGAAGGAGGAGGCUCGAGGACACCGAGGAUCGUCCAAGACGAGGGGAAGGAGGAUGGCUUCAGCGAUGGCGGUGCUCUUGAUGGCUCUGUCGAUUUGGCUGUUGAUCGGCCCAAUCUCGGCCUACAACGAAUUCGGGUUAAGCGACAGCGGCAACGGGGAGUAUGACUGCCCGGAGGAUUGCCACUGUCACCGUGACAGCGUGCGCAUCAGUUUGGUGACCGAUUGCUCGGAGAGCAAUUUGACCGGGGUGCCGCACGACGGGCUCAGCCGGAACGUCUACUUGCUCGACAUGAACGGCAAUAACGUCGAGCACCUGGCGCCCUUUCCCCCGGACAUCAAGCUACGCAGCUUUCAAAUUGCCCACAAUCGCCUUACCGAGCUCGCUUACGACUCCUUUGCCAACCUUACCUACCUCCUCGAUGCCGACUUCUCUUACAACCGCAUUACCAAGGUCGAUCCCGAGGCGUUUAGAGACUGUCCAGGGCUUAUAAAUUUGGAACUCCAGCACAAUCCACUGUCGGAAAUACAAGGCCCGUUCCUCAACUGUCGGCCUCUAAAGUACCUAGACCUGAGCGCAUGUGGUAUUCGCUCUCUCAACUCGGAGUUCUUCCAGAACACGUCGAACAUCAUCAAACUGUACUUGUCAAACAACCCUCUGGGCCACAUUGAGCCCGGACCCUUCGACCACCUCACGAAUCUCGAAUACCUGAAACUCUCCAAUUGUAGUCUCACGUCCAUCUCCCCGGAAGUAUUCCGUGAUUCGGAGAACCUGCGGGAACUCGAGUUGGACGAAAAUGAUUUGCGAUCGUUGAACUGGAACGCGGUUCUGACGCCCCUCGUUCGCCUGGAAUACUUGAACCUGAGAAAAACCAAAAUCACCAAUUUGCCGGGCGACGCUUUCGCUAAGAAUCGAUAUUUAACGAGGUUGGUGCUGGCCGACAACGAACUACACCAUCUCGACGUCGAAAGUACAUUAGGACACAACCUGCACAAUCUUCAAUCCCUGGAUCUCUCCAACUGCCAUCUCCAGGACAGGUUGUCCGAAGAAGCAUUCAGAAACGCUAGUAAUCUUCGCGACCUGAACCUAAACGGCAAUCCGAUGUUCGCAGCCGAUCUGACCGUGGUGCUGCAGCAUCUGCCGGAACUCCACAAGUUAUCGCUCAGUAACUGCAAAUUGCGCAGAUUGCCCGAGGCUUUCGAGAACCUCGAACAUUUGCAAGAACUCGACAUUUCGUACAAUCCACUUUCGGACGCGUUUGUCCAUCUGCUGAAUCCCCUGAAAUCCCUCGAGUACCUUGACAUGUCCUACUGCAAUCUUGGUCACGUGGGCAACAACACGUUCACGUUAAUGACGUCACUAAAGAAAUUGAUAAUGUCCGGCAACAUGCUGCACUCCCUCGAGGAGGGACUUUUCACCCAACUAACGCGACUCGAGAGCCUCGAGCUGAACGAUUGCGGUCUGAAGCACCCAAUCGAUCCAAAAGUCUUUGGUGAUCGUCCCUACGCCAACAUCAUCGAGUUGAAACUGAGCAAAAACCCUCUGGCGGUUCCUAAAGAAGGUCCUUUGCUGCCUGAUCAGCUCUCGGGUGUGGAGAUCAUCGAUUUGAGCUACUGCGACAUCGGCCGACUGCACGAAGACGUGUUCUCGGAUACGCGAAACCUCACGACUCUUAACCUGUCGAACAACAAACUGACCGGUGCCGACAACCUUACUUUCCUCAACAAACUCCGACAACUCGAACACCUGGAUCUCAGCAACAACAGCCUAAGUACAAUCAGGCCACGCGUCUUUCACUUCAAUCCGCGUCUUUUGAGCGUCAACCUGAUGGGCAAUCCUUUCGUCUGCAACUGUUCGAUCGCCGAGAUGUGGGACUGGGCUCUGAAGGAAAAGAACGAUCUUGAUGUCCUGGUGGGCUCUCAGCCGUCGCAGUACACGACUGGUGCCGUUAAGUUGCGCAAGACUCUGUCUUGCUCUUACGAUUCUAAGGAGACGAACCGCAACCUCGUGAGGACCUGGGCCAAGUACAUUCGCGAGUCGCAGUGCCACAGGAGCUCAUGAUACGGUACGGCUGAAUAUCAGGGUGUUGGGCAGAAGCAGCAGGUCGUACGUGGACCCACAAAAAACGAGCUGUAGGUGACGUUUUUAUUUUUUUUUUUUUUUAUUUUUUUUUUUUACAAGCCCCUUAGUUACGUUUAUGUGAAUCCUACUCCAUGAUAAAUUAUCGAUUAGUUUACAUCUUCUAUCAUUGUUGUAACUUAAAUAUUAAUACCGUGUGUAAUUUAUGACAUUAGCAGUUCUGAAUACUCGGUACUUUAAAACAAAACAUAAAAUAAAUUGAAAACAAAAAAAUUGUGUAUUUUGGGGAAAAAAUUUGUUGUUUCUUAAAACAAAAUUUUAAAUCAAACGUAUUCAUGGUAACAUUUCGAAGUGUAAUAGUAAAUCAAAUGUAUUAUUAAGUAUAUUGUAUUCUAUUAUUAGUAAUAUAAUUAUCAAAUGCUGUAUAUUACUUCGUAUAAAAAGUAUUUUUUUUAAUACUCUGUAAGUAUACAUCAGAUGUAUUGUGCUUGAAAGUAUCCGUAUAUAGUAAUGUAUUUUGAUAUUGUAGUGAAGAUUAAUUUUUACCUUUUAUGUUAAAACUUGAAAAUUGUAACAGGUUUAUUUUUUAAUGCUGAUCUGUAAGCAUCGACGGAUGUAUGUUAUAAAUUAUUUAGUGUAACACUUCUUAUGUAUAGACGAUAUCAAUUUUCUUUUUACCUAAGCUAUUAAAAAAACUUUUGUUAACAUUAAUCAGCUCUCGUCUCUUGACUUCAAGUUGAGGAGUUUAAGCUUACAGAUGUUGGUUCCGUAGUGCAGUUUCUUUUACGAUAAUAAAAAAUAUUAAAAAUUACAAAUAAUAUUCUCUUAUUACAAGUUAAUCUGAGUAAGAAUUUAAAUAUCGAAAUUAUUACAAUAUCUAGAAUUGUGUAUAAAUAAAUUAUUGUGCGUAAAUAAAUAAUUCCGUGAA